AGCUCCAGCCGCGGCUCCGGGAACGCCGAGCUGGGAGCCUGGGGAGCCCGCGGCCGGUUUUGCAAGCUCGCCAUGGCGCGAUCACGCUCCCGAGAAAAGAGGAAGGACAAGGACAGGGAGAAGGACAAGGAGAAGAAGAGGAGCCGCUCCAGAGAAAAGCGCGAGAAGAAGCGGAGCAGGUCCAGAGAGAAGGAAAAAGAGAAGAAGGAGAAGAAGGAAAAGAAGGAGAAGGCCCCGCCUCCAGAGGAGGAACCCCGAAAGAGGAGUCCGUCCAUGCAGUACCGGCGCUGGCGUUUCGAUAGCCCGCCAAAGGAGGAGGAGUAUCAAAGGGACGCCAUGCUGACGGGCAACCCCAUGGGAAUAGGCGGUGUGGCAGCUGCCCUGCAAGGCGGUCUGGCUUUGGCAGGUGUGUCCAACACCAUGAACCCCAUGGCUCUAGCAGCGGACUCCAAGUCGGCGCGCGAGCUGUACCUGGGCAAUCUUCCAGCGGGCAUCACCGGUCAGCAGCUGAUGCAGUUCUUGAACCAGGUGGCGGUGGCCGUGAAAGUGAACACCCUGCCGGGCGAGCCGGUGUGUGGCUGUACCAUGGGCGGCAGCGGCGCCAACUUCGCCUUUGUGGAGUUCCGCACCGCAGAGGAGGCAGGCAACGGGCUGCGCCUGAACGGCGUGGAGCUGUUGGGCUGCCAGCUGAAGGUGGGCAGACCGAAGGGCUACACCGGCCCAGAGACAGGAACUGCGAAGGAUCCCUCGGCGCCUUCCCUUGGGGACCUCAUGGCCCAGCAUGGCGCCUUGGGCAAGACGCUGGCGCUGCCGGGAUUGCCGGGGCAGCCGCAGUCUGCGAUUGACAAUCGCUUGUGCCUUUGCUGCAUCCCCACCUUUGUGAGCGAGGAGCGCAUCAAAGAGUUGCUGAUCACCUUUGGACAGCUAAAGUUCUAUGCGCUGCAGAAGGAUGAGGAGGGCAAGUCAGUCGGCGUGGCCUUCUUCGAGUACCAGGAUAUGAUGACCCAGCAGCAGGCGCGAGUUGCCCUGGAGGGCCUCGAGUUGGGCAACAACAAGAUGAAAGUGCUGAAGCCGGAUCAAGUCAUCGAGCUCGGUCUGGUGAACAGAGAACAGAAGCUAGGUGCCCGUGUGGUGCCGAGCAAGGUUCUCUACCUCAAGAACAUUGUCUCAACAGAGGACCUUGCCGACGAAGCAGGGUACGCGGAGAUCUGCACAGACAUCCGUUUGGAGGCGGAGAAGUUCGGCGCCGUGGUGUCCAUCGAGGUGCCCCGUGGCGGUGGCUCCGGCGGGGGCGGAGGCCCCGGGGGCCUGAACAACGCCCUGCCCGCGCCAGCAGGACCUUUGGCGUUGACCAACGCACCCACGGAUGAGCCGAAGUCCACCGCGCCGGCGGCGCUGCCCGCGCCCACGCUGCCGGACCUCUCCAUGGCGCUGGUGCCCAUCGGCGGGCAGCUGGCGAAGCCUGGCAUGGGAACUGGCGGCGGCGACGGGGGCGCAUCUGGGCCAGUGGACCCGAACACACCUGGCUUUGGCUACGCCUUCAUCGAGUUCGCCAACAUGGAGGGCAGCUCCAAGGCGAAGAAGGCCCUCAACGGCCGUCGCUUCGGGGCCAACGUAGUGGAGGCGGAGUUCUUCUCAGAAGACAAGUACUAUGCCAAGGACUUCCUGAGGCCCACGCCGAACAUCGACGAGCCCAAGAAAGAGAUUGGUAUGGAGCUCGCGCUCGUGGGAGGGGGCGACGCCUUGGACGAGGCUCCGGUCAUGGUGGAGUGAUUUUCCCUCGUGUGGCGAGAGAAGAAGUUAUGGGUCUCGGGCCGCGGAAGUUUUCACAUGCGCUAUAUCCACCAGAGCAUUUAUCCAGCGGAAUGUUCGAUUCUGCGCAGAAAUUUGUCCAUGUUCUAUAUUGGUGAUGUUUGGAUUGGAGCGAUGACCAACACCUUUGGUCAUCCAGGUUUUGGUGCCCAGAUGGGGUGACGUGAUUGGCUUGAGCCAAGUUGAAGGAAUACGGUGGAAGUGAGCAUAAUGAGUCAAGAGGCUUCAGACCAUGCAUUGAAUUGCAUGCAAUGAUCGAGAAACUGUUCGGGCGCCGGCCGCCGGAGGAG